CCUCGACUCUUCGUAUUUACAGUCUAUAAAAGAAUUGCCCACCAAUUCAUUGUGUCUGUGCGCCUGCGCCUGCAGCUGUGUUGUGUUGUGUUAACGUGCUGACCUGUCCAAGAAACCCGAAAAUGAAGGUUGCGACCGUUAUCGUCCUCGCAUGCUUCGUGGCCGUAGUAGCGUCGGCGCGGUACGAACACCACCCAGCAGUGGAUUCCUUGGCGGAAUACGCGGUCCAGGAGGCAGCACAGGACACGCCAGCGCAGGAGAACAUCAGGCCGAAAAGAAGUUUAUUACUGCUUAAAAAGAAACUGAUCCUUGGUGCUUUGGGGCUGAAAGCAGCCAAAGCAGCGGCAGUGGGCGCGAUCGUUCUCAAAUCCAAACCUAAGUCAGUACAACACGAGGUCCACUUAAGCCAUGGCCACCCUAUCCACCCGACAUGGGGCUUGGAGGUCCACCGAUUUGGUUACUGAGAAGGCGUCAGACUUCCAAGCCUUGAUGUCGACGAAAACUACGAGAUGUCAAGAGGAGACGACACCUUUGUACAUUUAGACAUAAGUGUUCAUUUUUAGACUAAUAGGAAUGCACUGUAUGUCAAAUCCCAUUUUUACUGUCGCUAAAUAAGGUAACAGGCAUUUGUACCUAUUUUUCAUGCCUAGAGUAGAGCUUAAUAUAAAUGCCUAUACUUUACACAUUUUUUGAUAUUUUGCGGAUGAAUCGUAUUUUUUUUUUUUCUAUAUAAUUUGCGUUCUCGUUUAUCUUCGCAUAUCUUACAUGAACAGAGAAAGAAUAUAUUACAUGUGAGGCUAAUAUAAUGCAUGUAAAAUUAAGUAAGUAUUUUAUUUUUUCUUACUUUUUGCAACCAGAUGCAAAAUGUUAUUCGGUCUGUGCCAUUUUAUUAAUUUGAAAUGUACCUGUAGCAAUAGGAUAAACUAUGUUUUUCUGUUACCUUUUAAUUGAAUACUUCGGUAGUAUAAGAAUAUGUAAAUAUUAAAUAAUUAAUUAAGGAGGUCAGUUUAAUUGUAGAUACUUAUGAAAUGUUGACUGUCAUCAAGUAAAAACAUGUCUUAGGACUACGAUUUCGUUCAGUUGUUAAUUAAACGAUU